AAUUGCUUUGGAUUGAAGUUUCCAAGUCGGCGAUGGUGGUGGUGGACCUCGCCGCGACCGGUAGUGUGUGUUUGAGUCCCGAUAACAAUGGCGUCUCGCGGAUCAGGACCUCGGGAGCGGAGUUUCGGAGUUGCGGAGGGGCAGGGCACAGGGGCGGGCUUGGCUGGGGAGCCGCUGGCGUUGUCGCGCUGGCACUCAUGAACUGAACACGAGUUCGGGACGGAAGCUGGAUUUAAUUUUGGAUUCGUGUUUUCGUAUCCCAGUUUAGAAGUGAAAAGGAAGAUGUUAUUUCGAGCUGGCGCUCCGGGGGAGCCGGAUCUCGUCACGGGGUGCUGUGAUUCAGAGUGGGAGGUGACACAGUAAACCGUGAUGGCCUGGUCAACUGGGAGAUGUUUCACUUGUAUACAUUGCUUGUACGCAAGAGAGUUGGUUGCAGUGGUGUUACGUAGUGUUGUAGAUUACAGAAAUUUUGGUUGAUAGGGAUUGUGCAUUCGGGAUUACGGAUAUUUUUCUCGUGCUGCGCCGCACUGGUGUUUUAUUUUAUCUUAUGUGGAUUUCGGGGUGAAGAGUCCUUCGGUGUGGCAUUGUAGAAUGGCAGAUGUGAAUUGUGCAGUUGAGAACGCUCGCAGUAGUUGUCGACUUGUCUUUUUCUUGGAGAAGAACUCUAGUUUGCUGGACCUAUUGUAUAUUCUUCCUAGGUGGAUCUCGACAUCGUGGUUGUGCGUUUUGGAAUACUGAACCGGUUUUUGAAGUACGAUGUUAUGGACCAGGUGGCAUUGCGUCGCUGAUUGCGACCUUGCUCGAAACCGUUAGGUGCUUAGUUAGAUAUGUAAUGCAUCAAUCGAUGCUGUUCAGAUUUGGAUGACUUAAGUGGUUGGUGCGUGUUGCAUCGUGACGAUGCUGACAACCGGAUGUUAUAUUUAUUUUUUUGCGUGAUUGCAUAGUUGAUACUUUAGACCGUCGCAGACCGGAAUUUACCUAAGAACCAUAGAUUUGCAACAUUGAAAUGCAGCGGAACCCUGAUCCCCGUCACACAUUGUGAGUUUCUCAGUGGUCUCGUACGUAAGUAGCUCUAUGCUGAAGGAAAGGUGGAGGCAAAGAGAUUCGCCAGAGUGGGUGUCAAGUGUUUCAAAGUGGACAUUUAACUUGCUUCAUUCUAGUGAGUUGACGCCAUUUAGCUAUCUGUGUCUCUGAAGACAAUAUUCACCAAAUUUUCGGUAAUGGAGGGUGUGGGUGCCGAGGAUUUUCUGAGGGAGCUCCAGAACUAUAGUUUGAGGCAGUUUGAUUUGAACCCUUUGUUAGACCUUUCAUCCGGUCGCAAGAACCUCAUGAGCAAGUACCUGGACUUGCAAGAAGAAGAGCCGUGGCCUCUGCUUGCUGAGUAUUUCGGUGUCGCUCUGGCUUUCGCAGCGUUGGGUGCUCUUAUUCGUGGUGCGAAUGGAAACAGAGUGAAGGAGGUUGGAGUAGAUGAAACUUCGUGGUCCGAGAAGAUAUCCCUCCAGAAAAUGCUGAAAGUGGCUAUGGGUCGACUUCAAUGCUUAGCUCGAAAUGCCCGUGAUCUGCAGGAGAGGAUGAAAGAACGAGCGGAGGUAGGUGAAAAAGAUAGAAAAGAGUGGGAUGAAGAUAAGGAUAAGAUGUUACGAAAAUUAGCCAAUGCCGAGACUGAAAUUAAGGAAUUGAAGUCUAGGAGGACAGAUGAUGCUAAAGCCAAUGAGAAAGUUGUGCGUAUAUACGCCAGUCGUGAGCAUGCAUGGAAGGCCGAAAGGAAGAAGCUUUGUCAUGAGAUUUCCAUGCUUAGGAAGGACCUGAUCCACGAAGAGGCUAGUGGAAUAUGUGGUUCAAAGGUUGGUUUGCUAAAUUGCGAUGAGUGCGACGUCAAGGAGAGACUUGUGAUUGACCUAAAGAAAUUGCUGAAAGAGAAGGAGGUAAUGGCUGUGACGGAAAUGGAGGAUUCUCGAAACAAAGAGGCUCAGAUUCGCGAGCUCACUUCAAAGCUUGCCGCAGAGAAUAAGAUCACGACCGAAUUGAAUGAGACUCUGCAGGAGGAAUUAUCUAACUCAAAAGAGCGAGAAAUUGUACUCAACGAAGUCAGACGUAAGCAGAAGGAAACUGAACGCCAGUUAAUGAAAACGUUGGAGGAGCUUGGCACCGCGAAAACAAAACUUGAAUCUCUUAGUCUUGCGAUCGAAGGGCACUCAUCAAUGACCCUAAAGCUCUCGGACGAGUUAUCGACUGUUAGGCAAGAAUCGGAAGACAAGGAUGUGAUGAUAUCCACCAUGCUGGAGCGAUCCACGUUGGAGAGAGAAGAGAAGGAGGAUCUUGCCCGUGAGCUUUUUGUCGCGCAGGCUGGGAAAGAAGCUACUGAGGCAGAAUUACGCCAGUGGAAAAGGUUAGCGGAGGACAAGGAUCGGAGGAACCUCUUUGUCGAAGUUCCCGACUCAAGGUCAGGUCAUCGCAGUCAUCGCAGCUUGGGUAACAGGUCUGAGUGCGAGAAAAUUGUGGAUCAUGAAAGAUCUCACCUCGAGGAAGUGAAAAGUCUCUGCACCUCGUACAGAAGACAUGUCGAGGCUCUGGAGAAACAACUGAUGGCGUUCACGUCGAAGGCUCAGAAGCCCGCCUCUUCUCCUAUACCGACUCUUUUGUUUGCAGACCUCCAAGAGUCAGCAUCGGACCCGACCUCUCAAGCAUGGUUUGAAGAUGUGAAGGGGAGGCUUGUUAUGCAAAUGGAGGAAAAGCACAGGAAUCAGAUAGAGACCUUUGAAAGACACUUGCGAGCCAAAGACGAAAGGUUAUCAGCCUUCAGAUCGAAGCUACUGACAAUGGAGACAGAAUUGGCUCAAUCAAGGACGGAAUUUGACGACUUGGGAUGCGAUGCUGCAGCGGCCGUGGAUGAUUUUCUAACUGCGGUCAAAUCUGAGCAUGAUGAUGUUCCGUCGCAAGUGGUUGGGAAGAGUGACGGAUGCGCGCGUUGCGCGGACAUAGUGAUGGCACCCCAACGAUCCAUGGAAAAGUUACAAGUUGAGCCUGAAAUUGACUACAAGGAUAAGCUAAACGUUCGCGAUGAUGAGCACAAUACUACUAUUGAGAAGAUACUGGGUACUUCUGAGGGAGAGCUUCAACUCAAAGGUGUUCAAUUGGCUGCUUUGGAAACGAAACAUCGCCAGCUCCCAUUGCAGCUCGAGCAACCAAAAUCGGCGAAUAAAAUGGCCUCUUCGGAUAUAUCUCAAGAGAACGUGCUUUCGGAGAAUGCUGAAGUUUUUCCAGUGUCGAAGCCUGAAAAGGUGCUACAAUCGUCUCAACAUGCGGAUGCUACUUCUGGAACAAAAGCUCUGGAGCUCCGAGACCAAACUCCAGAGAAGAAUCGACUGGAAAUGUGCUUUGAAAAACCUAUUCUACUCGACAACUCCGUCUCCGACUCUGCAAAAUUGCUGUCUAGACUAAAAGAUCUGUGCCUGAAAGAAGAGAAACCUCCCACCACAAUACGCUUCCAUAAAAAAUUAGAGCUAGAAACCUCUGAUAGCAUAAUAUUCUCGACAGACGAUUCCUGGUUAACUGCUGAACAAAAGACAGGUGCAAUGACCCUGCACUUUUCGCCAGAAAAAGACGACUCUCUGCCGGAAAGCAUUCCCCAUCUUGUAUGGGAGGACGAGGAUGCUACAUUUGGUAACAACUCUCUUAGAGCGGAGUGCGGGAGGGACUUGAAAACGUCGUCUGUGCACAGAAAAGGAAAGAAAGGCGCAAACAAGCAACCCUUGAGUCCUAUUGUUAGUGAUUAUCACUCGAAGGCCCUCCAGACUUUUGACGACAUCCUCUACACACAGGCCCCUUCUAAAGGAACGAGACUUGCGAGGUUUGAUAUGUCCGACGAGCUCGAGGAUCAUGCUUCCCAACGCGUUCUGUUUACCGACAUGGAUGGGCUGCAAAGCGCGGCUAACAAUCCUACAUUUGUCACUGAAGAGAAUCAAGACGGUCUGGACGAAAUAAGACAAAAGUCGCAGACUAGACAGGAUAUUCAGGUGUUGGGAUUGGCUUUGGAGGUGAGGAGUAUCGAGCAGCAACUUUCAGAAAUGAACAAAUCGAUUGAAGAUGCUCAGAAGUUGAUUAACCGACCAGUCAAAAGUAUCCGAAGUCUGGUUGAAACGUCCAUCAGCAAACAAGCCAGUCAUUGCAUGGGGCUUGCAGGAAAAGUCAGCCAGUUAGCCAAGCAAAUUAGCUUGACGAGACCUCUUCGGAGAAUAGCAUCGAAACCUCAAAUUGAGGUGAAUGAGUGCGCUCAAAUCCUGCUCCCGUCACCCGAUUUGUGUCUGCGUAAAAAUCCAUUAUUCUUGCAGGAAACUUCCGCAUCUGAGCUUGCUUCUCUGCAAGAAAGAGCUGAGAAAGUCGGCGAAAGCCUCUCUGCAAUACAGGCCAGACUUGCGAAAGAGAAUAGAUCAGAUUUUUAUGCGCGGCAUGAACCUGCUAUGGCUCCCAAAAGCAAGUUGGUAGACGAUGUUCAGACGCAUCUCUCUCAAGUUCAAGAGUCGCUUCACUCAAAAUUGACUCAAACAGCAACUGCAAGAAGACCACUUUUACUUACUGCAUCGAAACCUUCGACUCCAACCAAAGCCUUGACUCCACGCAAUCACACAACACCAAUCAAACCAUCGACACCUCUUAAGCAAUUCAGCCCAACCAGACACAUACUGGCAUCUUCACCCAAGCAGACAACUUCCAUCAAACCGGUGACACCUUCACCUAGGCGGAUCACCUCGACCAAGCUGUUGACACCAUCUCCACGAUCGUUCACUCCGUCUAAACCCUUGACACCGGCACUAAGUCCUUAUGGACGAAGGGUAGGGUCCCCAAUGAAACCCAAACAGGUAUAUCCGAAAACCGGAAUGGUAGAAAUUGUCAAAGAUGACCUGAGGAGCAGAGCAGCUUUCGGGAGGAAGGAGACGAAGUCCUUAGUACGUGACUCACAGACGCGGCAUUGGGCAAGAAAAACCAGUACGCACUACGAAUUGGAUUUGGAGCAUUUGCGAUGAGACCAUCAACUACAGUGAGCAGAGGAUACAAAGACUUACCUUUUUCAGGGAUGAAACAUUGCGUCAGAAUUCCCAUGAAAUUCUGACGCUGCGUACAUCACAGCAACAUGGAUGAGUAUUGUGGAGGUUUGAUCAAGACGACAUACUCAGAAGGAAAUAAAGGCUUGCGCAGUUCACCUUCGCAGUGUUAUGAAACACACAAUGCGUCCGAUUCAUAUCGAUAACAAUCGACUCAUCACAUUUGAACAAUUCGUUUAUGGCUGCAUCCAGCCCUCAUGCACUUCAGCAAUCAACUCGUGAAGGUCACCAUGGCACAGACAACUAAAGGCGGACACUGGUGCGUGGUGGUCACGAGUUCAUCAUCAGCACAACGCUACUCUUCAUUGUCUCGUGGUGCCUUUUACAGGAGGGUACCAAUAACGGAUUCUUCCCGAUGAUAUCAUCCUGCCCAAUACUUAUUAAGUAGGCAAGCGAUCUGGUAGUAAUCAACAUAUGUUGAAGCAGGGAAUUGUAAGAUAGUUUUCAUUAUCUCCAGAAACUUCAUUCACACCAUCAGAAAUCUCAGCCUAACGUAUCAACGGCUGCUUGCAUAAUUUAUCAUAGCGUUCGUUGCUGUUCAUGUAGAUAGGCUGGUGGUACAAGAGACUAAAUUCCAAAUUUAUAAAAAUUAUUUUUCUA